AUGAAAGAUUUACAUCGCUUACAUAAAGCCAUCAGAGACUAUUUUGAUUAUACACCUGUUGAAGAAUGGUCAUAUCUUAAUUUUUUAGAAACAUUUAAACCCGUCAUUAUGUCAAAAUUGGAUGUCCCAAAACAAGAAGAUAAAGGUACAUGGAGAAAGAGAUUUAUAACACGUUUAGAUAAGAUUGCGGAAGAUGACGCGUAUAAUGAACAACAAAGAAAGUUGGCGAUUCGCUUGAAAGAAAAGUUACUGUCGGUGUCAUUACUAGCCAAGGAUGGUUUCGUCCCCUCUGAGGUGAUGAUGGUUUCGUUCCCUCAACCCCUCGUCUGCAGAUACUUCUGGAACCAUAUUGAAAAAGAGAAAGAAGAUUUACGUGGAAAACGAGAGAUUGUGAAUAAGACUAAUUCAGUACGCAACAAUACAGAAAUAGAAGCCCUAGAUCUAUUAGAUACUGCACGCACAGAAAAAGCGAAAGAAAUUUUGAGCUCAUUGUUUCUUUAUAUUAGUUCCUCUAGUGAUUAUACUAAAGAAGGCGAAGAAGAAUAUGAGAAGGAUGAGAACUACAGUGAUGACACAGAGGAAGAUAAUGAAAAUCGAAUAACCCAAGAAAAAAAGGAACAAUUUCGAAAAAUUUUCCAGGGGAUACCUACGGAGGCAAAGCUUGUCUUAAAUUCAAAAACUGUUGUUGAGGAUGUCCUAUUUGAAUAUGCAAAAGAUCUUGAUUAUGAGAGCCAUGCACACUCCUUCAUCAUAUGUGAUCAUGAUGAUAAAAUAAAAGCAUUAUUCAGUAAAGAAGACCGGAAAGAACUCACGAAGAAGCCUUCACUGCCGUCCGUUGAUUAUGAAAUUGGAAAAGAAUUGGCCAAGUACAUGAAAGAAGAUCUUGUUGAACUUCGCCAAGAAGUGAUGUGCAAUUUCCUGAAAGAUAAAGAAUUUUAUGAUCCAAAGAAGCAUUACUUAAAAGAAUGGAUCCAAGUUACAUUGAGACAUCUGUGCAAUCUUUAUGAAAAUCCAUCUGCUCCUUUGUGCCGGGAACAGUACGAGGACUGGUUUACAGUCAACCUGUUUGGAAAUUGCUUUGAUUUCUUGAUGAGACACCCAAGAAUGUCUACGGAUAUCAAAAGGACAGAUGCACCAUCAACUGCCUCAGAAAAUAGGAAAAAUCGAGCUAGAAAACCAAAACAAAGAAAAUUGACUGGCAGAAAGAUUGAUGGAAUUAUUCAUCAUCCAACUUAUAAUAUAGAAUUGGGUGCACUUGAAGCGGCAAGAUCCUUCGUAAAUGAUGGAGAUAGAAAACUUCUUAUUGAGUCUUUUAAAAUGCCGAAGACUUUGAAGGAUAUUUUAGUUGAUAUGAUAAGAUCAAAACGAUGCAAUGAUAAGGAAGUGAAUAAGCUGGUGGCCAUCGGUAUCCUGCAUUUUCGCUAUAACAUUCAGUUUAUUAUAAUUGAAAACAAUUUAAAGGCACUUGGAUUCUUCGAACAGAAGACCCCAAAGGAAGAUGUUUUUAAGGAGGAGGAUCUUAUUUCAGAAAUCUUAGACAAUGGCCAGGACCUUUCGCAACCAACAACUCCUGAAAACAUAAAUUCUAUUAUAAUGCAAUUUGCUUGCAUCCUGAUUAAACAAACUAUUCCAAAUACGACCUUGAUGGCAUUUUCAUAUCAUCAGAGUUUAGAAUUACUAUAUGCAGUUGAAAGACCUUUAAUGCAACGCUAUAGUAAUGACAAUCGAUGA